CAGCCAAUCAGCUGUGCCCGCGCGGUGCACGCCGGGAGGUGUGGCGGGGCCGCUGCCCAUGGCCGGAGCGGACGGAGGCCGAGAGGAGCUUGGGGCUGAGGGAGGAUCUGACCCGAGCCCCGGGACCGAUGACAUGGAGCUGCUCCGGAGCCUGCUGAGCCGCACCCUGGGCCUGGGCCGGGCGGAGCCUGAGCCGGUGCUGGAGGAGCUGACGCUGGAGGGCGUGAGCCGUUACCUGCAGAGCCCCCGAUGCAAGAACGUUGUGUGUAUGGUGGGCGCCGGGAUCUCCACGUCCGCAGGGAUCCCCGACUUCCGCUCUCCCGGUACCGGCCUCUAUUCGAACCUGCAGAGCUAUGAGCUCCCCUAUCCUGAGGCCAUCUUUGAGAUCAGCUUCUUCAAGGAGCACCCGGAGCCGUUCUUCGCCUUGGCACGGGAGCUCUACCCGGGGCAGUUCAAGCCCACCCUGUGCCACUACUUCAUGCGCCUGCUGCAGGACAAGGGGCUGCUGCUGCGCUGCUACACGCAGAACAUCGACACUCUGGAGCGGGUGGCAGGGCUGGAGCCCGAGCGGCUGGUGGAGGCUCAUGGCUCCUUCUUCACCUCCCAUUGCCUGCGCCCAGGCUGCAGGCGCCAGUAUGGGCUGCCCUGGAUGAGGGAGCGAAUCUUCUCCUCGCUGGUACCCAAGUGUGAGGAGUGCCAGGGCCUGGUGAAACCCGACAUUGUGUUCUUCGGGGAGAGCCUCCCCUCGCGCUUCUUCACCCUCCUGCAGUCGGACUUCCAGCAGGUGGAUCUGCUCAUCAUCAUGGGCACCUCGCUGCAGGUGCAGCCCUUCGCCUCCCUUGUCAGCAGGGUCCCCACCAACACCCCCCGGCUCCUCAUCAACAAGGAAAAGACAGGGCAGAGUGACCCCCUGAUGUCCCUUAUGGGCUUUGGCUGUGGCAUGGACUUUGACUCGGACAAGGCUUACAGGGACGUGGCUUGGCUGGGGGAGUGUGACAAGGGCUGCCUGGAGCUGGCGGAGCUGCUGGGAUGGAAGAAGGAGCUGGAGGAGCUGAUGAGGAAGGAACAUGCAGCCAUCGAUGCCAAAGCCACCCAGGGGGGCAAUGGCAAGGCCGGGGGGGGCAGCCAGGACCCCCCCCCACCAUCGGGGGGGGGCACUGAGACCCCCCCCCAUUGACGCAAUGGGGCUGGGGCAUUAAAUGGGGGCUGCUCAGCA